CAAUAAGACGCACCAGAACCCCCGCCCCAAAGUUCCCGCGCAAACCCCGCCAGAAGAGCCGCCUCGCGCACACCAACAUGUCGGACCAGCCCACCUCUCCCUCCGCCGUCAUGAGCUCCCCGGAGCCCACCACCCCGAGCCGCUCCAGCGUGUCGGGCCGCCGGAGGAGGAGGUCGUCGAGGGGCUCCAACGUCGACCCCGUGACCUCCUCCCCCGGCCGCGACCUCCCUGCCUUCGAGGACGAGAGUGACCUCAUGGGCAACGACGUGCCGGUCGAGGAGGAGGACGGCGAGGAGCUCUUCGGGGAUAACAUGGAGAACGACUACCGACACAUUCCUGAGCUAGAUGUCUACGACCAGGACAACCUCGAUGACUCUGAAUACUCAAUGAUGAGCGAAGGCGACCGCGCAGCAGCAGAAGGGGCAAUGAGAAAGCGCGAUCGGGAUGAGGGACUAAUUACAGGGCGCAUGAGGAGAGGUCUUCUCUAUGAUGAGAGUGAUGACGAGGAAGACAGACCAGCUAGAAAACGGCGCAUGGCAGAGAGAGCUGCAGAAGGAGAUGUUGCAGAGGAUGAGGAGAUGAUUGAGUCCAUUGAGAAUUUGGAGGACAUGAAAGGCCACAGUGUGAGGGAAUGGGUGUCCAUGCUUGGCCCCAGAACUGAAAUUUACAACAGAUUCAAGAACUUCCUGAGAACCUAUGUCAACGACAAGGGCAACAACCUCUUCAAGGACAAGAUCCGUCAGAUGUGCGAGGAGAACAAGUCUUCCUUUGAGGUGGAUUACAACAUCAUUGUCUCAGAGGAACAGGUUCUUGCAUACUUCCUUCCUGAGGCUCCUACUGAGAUGUUAGAGAUCAUGGACUCGGCUGCCAAGGACGUCACACUCUCCAUGUUCCCACAGUACGAGAGAAUCACGCGCGAGAUCCACGUCAGAAUCACAGACCUUCCUCUUAUUGAAGAGCUUCGGUCACUUAGACAACUUCACCUGAACCAGCUCAUUCGCACUUCUGGAGUGGUUACCUCAACCACUGGUAUCCUUCCUCAGUUAUCUAUUGUCAAGUAUGACUGCAACAAAUGUUCCUAUGUCCUUGGCCCAUUUGUCCAGUCUCAGAAUUCAGAGGUAAAGCCAGGAUCCUGUCCUGAGUGCCAGAGCAGAGGACCAUUCUCCAUCAACAUGGAAGAAACUGUAUACCAGAACUACCAGAGAAUCACCCUCCAAGAAUCUCCUGGCAAGGUUGCUGCCGGCCGCUUGCCACGUUCCAAAGACGUCAUCCUUCUUGGUGAUUUGUGCGAUUCGUGCAAGCCUGGAGAUGAAACCGAGGUGACCGGUGUGUACACAAAUAAUUAUGAUGGCUCCCUCAACACAAACCAAGGCUUCCCUGUGUUCGCUACUGUUAUUAUGGCAAAUCACAUUGCUAAGAAGGACAAUGCAAAUGCUAUCAAAGCUCUCACUGAUGAAGAUAUCAAGGCCAUUGUAUCCCUGAGCAAAGAUGAACGCAUUGCCGAGAGAAUUGUGGCAUCAAUCGCUCCCUCUAUCUAUGGCCACGAGGACAUCAAGAGGGCCCUUGCACUUUCCCUCUUUGGUGGCGAGACCAAGAACCCAGGCCAAAAACACAAGGUCCGUGGUGACAUCAAUGUCCUGGUUUGUGGCGAUCCUGGUACAGCUAAGUCUCAGUUCCUCAAGUAUACAGAAAAGAUUGCUCCACGUGCUGUCUUCACUACAGGCCAAGGUGCUAGCGCUGUUGGUUUGACGGCCUACGUGCAGCGCUCCCCAGUUACACGAGAGUGGACCCUAGAGGCUGGUGCCCUUGUCUUGGCUGAUAAGGGGAUGUGCCUGAUUGAUGAGUUCGACAAGAUGAACGAUGCAGACAGAACAAGUAUCCACGAAGCCAUGGAACAGCAGAGUAUUUCUAUCUCCAAGGCUGGUAUUGUGACAUCGCUUCAGGCUCGCUGUGCUGUCCUUGCCGCUGCUAACCCUAUCGGAGGCAGAUACGAUCCAUCCAUGACCUUUGCUGAAAAUGUUGAUCUGUCGGAGCCCAUUCUCUCUCGUUUUGAUGUUCUGUGCGUUGUGCGAGACACCGUUGACCCAGUACAAGAUGAGCACCUGGCUCGUUUUGUUGUUGGCUCUCACAUCCGACACCACCCCGGCUCUACCGACACCGAUGUCACUUCCCUAGUUAUGGAUGGGCCAGCUGGAGGUGGAUCAAACCUGGCUGGAGUUGAGAAGAUCCCACAGGACCUCCUCAAGAAAUACAUCAUCUAUGGCCGAGAGAAGGUCCGUCCCAAGCUCCACCAGAUGGACCAGGACAAAGUAGCCAAGAUGUACUCAGAGUUGAGAAGAGAGUCAAUGGCCACAGGAAGUAUCCCCAUCACAGUACGUCAUAUUGAGAGCAUGAUCAGAAUGGCUGAGGCUCAUGCCAGAAUGCAUCUUCGUGAAUAUGUCCAUGAAGAUGAUGUGAAUAUGGCUAUCCGUGUGAUGCUUGAAUCAUUCAUCGACACACAGAAGUUCUCAGUUAUGAGGACCAUGAAGAAGAACUUUUCACGGUAUUUGGCCUUCAAGCGAGACAACAACGAACUCUUGUUCUUCUUGCUGCGACAGCUGGUGCACGAGCAAACCACAUACAUGCGCUCUCGCUAUGGACCUGACCACGAUGUUGUUCAAGUAUCAGAGAAGGAUCUUCUGGAUCGGGCACGCCAGAUCAACAUCACCAACCUACAGCCAUUCUUUGAAAGUGACAUCUUCAAAGCCAACAACUUCUCGCAUGACGGCAAGAGGAAGCUCAUUGUCCAAGCAUUCUAACAUGCCCCAAUGUAUUAUUAUAUUAUGUAUAUAGUGCUGAAGCUGAGAAUGUGUCAGAUGCCCAGUGAUGGUCCAAGCCAAAGGAAGUCUGAAGUCUAAAAGGAGUACAAAAGAAUAUUAAAGAAAGAAAAUGUCUUAACUAAGAGAAGAUGGCUCAGAAUAACAGAAAAUGUGAUGAGCAUUCCACAAUUUUAUUUUUUAAGUGCUGUUAUAAGUAUUUCAAAAGUAUGUUGUAAUGUUGUAAGUCUGUUUAAAGUGUUCUAGGUAGGAAAAAAAAAUAAAUUUUUUAGUUACAAAACGGACAAUUAAUGAUCUUCUCUGUGCCUUAAAAAAUUUGUGUUUUUUUUUAAUUAAAAUCUAUAUUAU